AUGCUCAGAAGUGCUACGAGCAAUGGUGGACAGCUACAUUGUGGAGGCAUGGUUUCUAUUAUUGUAGAGCAUCUUGGCCUCCAUCUACCUAAUAACCCAACAAACAUCAUCAUGGGCCGUACUCGUCUAUCAAUUGAUGUUAUGGAAACAAUGCAUCUCUUCCACCGCCUUCCCACUGGGGAUAUUCAUUGGACAGUAGAUGGGAAAGAGUAUCUACGUAUAGACAGCAGAAAUAAGAAGAUACUCAAUUUAGCCAAUGAUAUUCCAUCAACUAAUUGGAAACUCAGAUCCAACUUAGGUGUUACAGUAGAUCAUAGUCCUCCAUCCUCUCCUCCUCCUGCUCCUACUUCUGGUGCUUCUAGUUCCUCUCGCCCUAUUCCUUUUUCUGAACAUAAUCUUUAUAUGGGCGAGUUUGCGCGUUUGAAUCAUCGUUACACCAGUCUACAACAGGAAGUCGGGGACAUUUAUACGGGUGUCGCUGAAAUCACUUCUGAUUUUCAGGACUACCGUAACUUACAGGAAGAGCAUUGGGCCCAACAAGAGUUGCGGUGGGCUGAGCAAGAUCAAAGAUGGGCUACUCAAGAGCAGCACAACCGCAACAUUCACCAUCUGCUGAGUGAUAUCCAUAGAGUUCUUGUGCUCCCCACACAGUCGCAGCAGCCAUCAGCAUCCCAACCCUAA